UAAAUGAAUACUUAUAUAAUUUUCCCUCUUUUUAAGUAAAAAAUUCACUUUAUUUCCUUUUUUAUAUUUUAGUAGUUAAAUCAAAACCUUACUCAUUUUAUUAAAUUUUAUAUUCAAAAAUAAUUCUUUAAACCACCAAAAUACAACCAAAUCCAUCAAAUUCAUAACCCCUCCUUUCCCAAAAUCCCCUACUAGUACUACUACUAUAUCCCCAUCUUCCCACCUCACAUACACACAUUACACACUACAUGAACAACAACAACAACAUGGCUCCCACUCCAUUGAAUUAGUCCAAGAAAACAACACCCCACAAAAAUUCAAACCUCAAAAAACCUCUGUGUGGUUUUUUUGUGAGGUUUUUGAGGUUAUCAAGAAUGAAGAGAAUCUUUAUUUUCUUGACAUUCUAUGUUUACAUUGUUACUUUGACUUCCUCGGAUAUUGUCUCGGACAGAGGUACUCUGUUAGCUAUCCGAUCUGCACUUCGUGGUCGUUCGUUAUUGUGGAACAUUACAAGUCCAACAUGUUCAUGGCCAGGUGUUAUUUGUUCACGUGAUAAAAACUCUGUUGCUGAACUUCAUUUACCUGGUAUGGGACUUUCUGGGGAAAUCCCUUCAGGGCUAUUUACAAAUCUGACAAAGUUGAAUUUUCUUAGUCUAAGGUACAAUGCACUUUCUGGUGUUAUUCCAGAUGGAGUUUUUUCAUCUCUUACAGGUUUAAAGAAUCUGUAUUUACAAAAUAAUCGAUUUACUGGUCCUGUACCUGAUUCGAUAUUCGGUUUGACUGGACUGGUUAGGCUUAAUUUGGCUCAUAAUAAUUUUUCUGGUACAAUUCCGGAAUCUUUUAAUAAUUUGAGUGGUUUAGGUACAUUGUACUUGCAGGGGAAUUCGUUUACUGGUGAGAUUCCGGAGUUGAAUUUGCCUAGUCUGGUUCAGUUUAAUGUGUCUGAUAAUGGUGGAUUGAAUGGAUCCAUUCCUAGUAAACUUUCGGGUCAACCUAAGGAAGCUUUCUUAGGUACUUCACUUUGUGGGAAGCCACUUGAUUUGUGUGAUGGUAGUGGUAGUAAUAGUAGUAGUGGUAAUGAGAAAUCGAAAAAAAGUAAACUUUCAGGUGGUGCAAUUGCUGGUAUUGUAGUUGGUUGUGUUGUUGCUUUGCUCUUGUUGGUUUGUUUGUUGUUUUUGUGUUGUAGUCGAAAAAGGAAUGAUCAAGAAUCAAGAUCUGCUAAUGUUAGUGCUGUUAAUAAGCAAGUUGAAGUCGAAAUUCCUGAAGAGAAAGGUGUUGAUAAUAGUAAUGGUGGGAAAGAUGGAUUCAUGGGUAGCGCGAUUGCGGCUAUUGGUGGUGGGGGGAGAGAUAAGGAUAAAGGGAAAGCUGAAGUUGUUGUAAAUGAUGGAAAAAGUUUGGUGUUUUUCGGUAACGUAGGGAAAAGUUUCAACUUGGAUGAUUUGUUGAAAGCUUCUGCUGAGGUUUUGGGUAAAGGGACAUUUGGUACUGCUUAUAAAGCUGGUUUGGAAUCAGGGAUUACGUUAGUCGUGAAGAGAUUGAGAGAUGUUACGGUACCUGAGAAGGAGUUUAGAGAGAAAAUCGAAGAUGUUGGGAAAAUGAAUCAUGAGAAUUUGGUUCCUUUGAGAGCUUAUUAUUAUAGCAGAGAUGAAAAGCUUCUUGUAUAUGAUUACAUCUCAAUGGGAAGCCUUUCUGCGCUUUUACAUGGCAAUAAAGGAGCAGGUAGGACACCGUUGAAUUGGGAAACAAGGGCUAGCAUUGCUCUUGGAGCUGCACACGGAAUCGCCUACCUUCAUGCACGAGGGCCCUCGGUUUCACAUGGCAACAUCAAGUCAUCCAACAUCCUCCUAACCAAAUCAUACGAGGCCCGUGUUUCAGAUUUUGGCCUUGCUCAACUCGUCGGCCCAUCAUCAACUCCCAAUCGCGUCGCAGGUUACAGGGCACCAGAGGUAACCGACCCUCGUAAAGUCUCUCAGAAAGCAGAUGUCUACAGCUUUGGCGUCUUGUUGUUGGAACUCCUGACGGGGAAGGCUCCUACACAUUCGAUUACAAACGAGGAAGGUGUUGACCUCCCAAGAUGGGUGCAAUCAGUGGUACGUGAGGAAUGGACAGCCGAAGUCUUUGACCUCGAGCUCCUUAGGUACCAAAACGUCGAGGAGGACAUGGUUCAGCUCUUGCAGCUAGCAGUUGAUUGCACUGCUCAGUAUCCGGACAGACGCCCCUCAAUGUCCGAGGUCACUAGUCGCAUCGAAGAACUCUGCCGUAUCGAUUCUGGAGGUGACAUAAUUGACAAUGCAGAAGCGCUAAAUGAAUGAAAUUGAUCAAGAAAAUAGUUUCAGCUCAUUAUUUCCUUUUUGUUUUUUUUGAGCAUUUUAAUUUCUUUGUUCAUUCUUGGAGUUCUUCACUGAAGAUUAAUUGUUCAUUUUUAUUUUUUGAAUUUAUUUUUCAAGUAGAAACAAAGUUUCAUUAAGAUCGUUGAAGUGGAGCUGUUCUUUUUUCUUUUAUUAGAUAUUGAUGUAUUCUUUUUUAAAAGUGUGAUGAACUGUAUAAAUAAUUGAGAUGACCCUGUAGUUACAACUCAUUUUGCAUAA